CUCAGUCUGUGAUAGGCCCCCUGUAUGUGGAUCUGUGAAGUCACGUAGGGGUGUUACCUUGGCGACACUUGGCCCUGACAGCUCAGUUCCUCCCUUCAUCUUUGACAGUUACAGAGAGGGAAAAGAAAGCUUGUUUUUGCCGACCUUCAACUGACGUUCGAGGCGUACACUCCUGACCUGUAGGAUGACCCCACUAGUGCUAGCAUGGGCAGCAAUGUGUUUGUGGACCACAGUGUCCAGCCAGCCUCCUGAAAUGACCCUCCAAGUUCUCUACCCCAAGAUCUUUGACAACGAAACCCUAACCUGCAGUUGCUCCGACGGUUGCAUUGAUGUGUUCUGGUUCCGCAGUGUACGCAGCAAAAACGGCUCUGUCAUCUUCCAGUCUCUUGUCUACGCCAACAAGGUAGAGCGAGUCAAGUACAGGUCUGACAUGGCCCCAAAGGAUCAAGACCGUUACAAGAUCAGUGUGCGAGAUUCUGGGGCCACGGUGGCUUUCUCCCUACGCAUACAUUGUGUGACGGAGAUGGAUGCAGAAUUAUACUCCUGUUUAUUCCGAAAACAGAACACGCAUCAAGAGCUAUCGACGUCUGGGUUUCUGCUGAGGCCUGGAGUAUCUCCUCCAACUCUUCCCCCUGUGACGAAGCCACCGAGGAAAAUCAUUCCAAUUUGCCGCUGUACUACAAGGAGAAGUAAUCACCCUAAAGGCUGUGGGACCAUGGUCCUCUGGCCCCUGGUUGGAAUACUUCUGGGCCUGGCGGUCGCCCUGAUCUCCACUCUCUACUACUUCAGUCGAUUACCAAGAAAGUGCAGGCAUCAGUUUGCCAAGAAGAGGUAGUCGGGAGUCGGAUGGCUGAGCGGUGAGGGAGUC